AUGUCUCCUCCCCUCUCAUAUGAUCAUCUAACAUGUGCUCAGCAUGUCAGUUCCUGCGGAGACAAAGAGGACGAUAAGAACAUCAUGAUCAGAAACCUCAGCAGGAUCAUUCUACUGUUGCUCUGCUUUUGCUAUCUUUCAAUGAGCAAGGACGUGAAUCAGGAUCCACCAGCAAUAGUAGGAAGUCCUCAGAAUCCUGCAACAAUCAACUGCAGCCAUUCAAUCAGUGGCUACUUGGUGAUAUUGUGGUACCAGAAGCCGAUUGGGGACUCCACUCUUAAAUUAAUUGGAUAUAUUCAAUAUACCACCCCAGUGGUUGAAGAGGACUUCAAAGAUAAUUUCAGAACUUUCCUUCAGCCUGACAGGAUCAUUAGUUUCGUCUGCUUCUUCACCAAGAUCAUGUUCAAACUCUGUAUACACCUAGUAGCUCUGCACUUCUGUUUAACAGACAACGCAUCAAAAAACAACGUUCAUCAGACUCCCGCUGUUGUGAUUAAAAGACCAGAAGAAUCAGUCCAGAUAAACUGUAAACAUUCAAACACCAACUUCAAUAUGAUCCAGUGGUACAAACAGCCUUCUGGGAAAACUGAUAUGAGUCUGCUUGGUUAUACUCGCUUCACUAAUAGUGUUGUUGAAGAUCCAUUUAAAUCCUUGUAUAAUGUGACUGGUAAUGGCCAGAGUCAGACGUCUCUUCUUAUUUCAAAGCUGAGACAGUCUGAUUACAGUGGAGUAUAUUUCUGUGCUGCCAGUGAAGCACAGUGCUGCAUGAAGCUUCCAGCUUCAACAAAAACCCUCUCUGAUAAAGAAGGAACCAUCAUUCACCUGCUGAUAACAAUAUGA